AUGACAACCCUGUCACACAUGGCCACUUUCAUCUCCAGUGACAACCUGUCCCUGUCACCCACAGCCACUGGCACUCCAGGAGACAACCGUCACCCUGAAAGACAGCCUGUCCUGUCACCCACCAUGGCAACCCUGUCACCCAUGGCCACUGUCACCCUGAGAGACAGCCUGUCACCCACGCCACUGUCACUCCAGGAGACAAUCGUCACCCUGAGAGACAGCCUGUCCCUGUCACCCACAGCCCCCAGCACCCACAGUGACACCCUGUCCCUCUCACCAACAGCCACUGUCACUCCAGGAGACAAUCGUCACCCUGAGAGACAGCCUGUCACCCACGGCAACCAUCACUUGCAGGCCACUGUCACCCUGAGAGACAGCCUGUCACCCACGGCAACCAUCACUUGCAGUGACACCCUGUCCCUGUCACCCCCAGCCACUGUCACCCACAGUGACAACCUGUCUUUGUCACCCAGGGCCACUGUCACCCUGAGAGACAGCCUGUCACCCACGGCAACCAUCACUUGCAGUGACACCCUGUCCCUGUCACCCCCAGCCACUGUCACCCACAGUGACAACCUGUCUUUGUCACCCAGGGCCACUGUCACCCUGAGAGACAGCCUGUCACCCACGGCAACCAUCACUUGCAGUGACACCCUGUCCCUGUCACCCCCAGCCACUGUCACCCACAGUGACAACCUGUCUUUGUCACCCAGGGCCACUGUCACCCUGAGACACAGGCUGCCAACCACAGCAACCAUCACUCACAGCUACAGCUUGUCCCUGUCACCCACAGCCACUGUCACCCUGACAGACAGCCUGACCCCCUCACCCACCAUGACAACCCUGCCACCUACAGCCACUGUCACCUGCAGUGACAACCUGUCCUUGUCACCCAGGGCCCCUAUCACCCUGAGAGACAGACUGUCACCCACAGCAACCAUCACCUGCAGCAACACCCUGUCCCUGUCACCCACAGCCACUGUCACCUCCAGUGAGAACCUGUCCCGGUCACCCAUGGCAACCAUCACCCACAGUGAUGUCCUGUACCUGUCACCCACAGGCACUGUCACCCACAGUGACAACCUGUCCCUGUCAACCACAGCCACUGUCACCCCAGCAGACAACUAUCACCCUGAGAGACAACCCGUCACCCACAGUGACAACACUGUCACCUGGAGAGACAGCCCAGCUCUGUCACCUAUGAUAACCGUCACACUGGGAGGUGGCUGUUACUGUCACCCACCAUGA